AAAAUCCAGUUUAAUUGAAUAACACAUUUCGUGAAGUGAAAAUAUAAGUGUGCACUAAAACAACGGGUUUCCCGAAAGAAAGCAAAACAUACAUAUCUAACUAAAGUAUUAUCUUUAAAAAACACAUUGUAUUAGAAACGAAGCAAUAAAAAGUGUAAAUUCAAAGGACUUAAUAAAUUCAAAUCUAAUUUGUAAUUAUUGAAUUGCUAAACCAAAGUUAUAACAAAAUGUCUGAGGCUUAUUUUGAUCAAUACGAGCACUAUAAUUUUGACCACGACAAGUACAUGUAUUCGGGCCAUAGUGGCAAGCAACGCAGCAAGAAGGAGGCCAACGAGCAUACCAAUCACUUUGAUCCUAACGGACAUUCACGCAAAUUAGUUACUAAAUUUAUGAACACUAACAAUAAUCGAAAAUCGUGCGUCGCCAAAAAUUGAGUGUUGGCCCAAAGUGAAGUAGUAGGGCAACAGCACCAUAAGCUGAAGCAGAAGCAGGAAUACAGAAGCGUUAGAAGUAGUAAGCAGAAAAAAUUAAAAAAUUAAAAUUUGAAAACAAGAGGAAAAAUCGGCUGUAGUAGUACAGCGAGAGAGCAUUGAUUUUCGGAAAAACGAAAAGUAUUGAAUUGGUGUUUUGGAGCGGAGAAGUCAACGAAAGUUCGUUUUUUUUUUUUGUGGAUAGCAGCAAAGCAGGAUAACGAGUUGAAGUGGGUUUUGUACUAGGCGAAAGCGGAAAAGAAGAAAAGAAGAGCAUCGCGGAGUAUUAACGGCGUGCACCAGUGGCAGCCAACAAUUUGCAGAAACUGCCAUUUUUGUGCGCAGCGUAUGCAAGUUGGUCGGCUUCCACGCCACGCCACACACACACACA